CGCUCGAAAUUCGCAAUAGCCUCUUCGAUAUCGGCGCAUUUCUUCUUAAGACCAACCAGCUUCUCGUCGUUUGCCUGCUUCAACUUCUCUGGCACGUUUUCUUGGUAUCCGGAGGCGGCCAUUUUCUUCUCCAACUGCUCCAUGGGCCCCUUGGCUUUGCCCAGGUUCUUGUUGAGACGGCCGAUUUCCGUCUUGAAAUCAACCAUUCCCUUCAGGUCGACAAGGACGGUCAAGGAAUCAUUCACGACCAUGGUUCCGACAGUCGGCGGAAUGUCGGCAUCGGGUGGGUUGAUGUCCACCUUUGAACCGUUUCCGAGUGUCAUGAUAUCGUCUGUCUGCGCUCGUGCGGCAUCGGCUUGCUUCUCGUCGGUCAUCUUAAUGAAGAAAUGGGUCAGGUUCUUCGGUGCAAUAUUGUACGAGGAGCGGAGCGAUCGGCACGCAGCGACAAUGUCCAACGUGAGAGUCAUGGAUGCUUCAACUGCUUCGUCCUUGAACGAAUCAUUCACAACAGGGAAUUCGGACAACAUGAUGGAUGGUUUUUCCGAAUCUCCCAGUGUGCCACGACCAGGAAGGCGCUGCCAAAGUUCUUCCGUGAUGAAAGGCAUCAUGCAAUGGAGUCCUCGCAACUGGGUUUCGAGUGCUACCCACAACGUGGCUUGAGCAGCCCAUCGAGCAUCUUUCUUGUCCUCGUCCGAACUUUGGACAACAGGUUUGAUCAAUUCUAGGUAUACGUUGCACAUAUCGUUCAACCACAAUUGGUAUCCCGCUUGCUGUGCAUUUCCAAAGGUGUAUUCCUUCAGAUUUGUAUCGAUGCCCUCGAUUCCCUUCAUCAAACGGGAGAUCAUGAAUUUGUCGCGAAUAGCCAUUUUGCCACUCGACAUGAGAUCAUCUAGAAGAGUAGGGGUGGGUUGGAAAUCAUUGAGGUACAUAAGUGCAAAUCUUGUAGAGUUCCACAUUUUGUUACAGAAAUUUCGGUACCCAACAACACGCUUCACGUCGAGAUUGAUAUCUUUGCCUUGCACGGUAUAGGCCAAAAGUCCAAAUCUGAGAGCGUCCGAACCACAUUCAGGAAUGCCAUCUGGGAAUUCCACUUCGUUGUUUUUCUUCGCUCGUUGAACUUCCUUGGCAGGAAGGUUUCCUGCGUCCAAACGAUCUUGCAAUGCCUGUAGAGAACAGCCUCCAAUUACUUCCAACGGAUCGAUGACAUUUCCGAGAGAUUUGGACAUCUUUCGGCCCUCCUUGUCACGAACCAUAGCGUGGAGGAACACGGUGUGGAAAGGAAGGGUAUCGGUCAAUUCCAAUCCCAUCAUCACCAUGCGUGCCACCCAGAAGAAGAUAAUAUCCAAACCUGUCUCCAAAAGAGAUGUAGGAUAAAAUGCUUUCAUAUCAUCGGUAUUGUCAGGCCAGCCCAUAACAGAAAACGGAAAGAGUCCAGAAGAAAACCAGGUAUCGAGCACAUCUUCGUCACGCUCCAAUACCAAUUCCUCCUCUGUGCACCCGAGCUUUGCCAGAGCUUUUUGUUUGGCAUCCUCCUCGCUGCGUGCAACGAUCCAGCGAUCGUUGUUCGCCAUGUCAUUCUUUGAAAUUGUUUCUCCCUCGGCCUUCGUAGUGGCAAACCAAGCAGGGAUCUGGUGUCCCCACCACAGCUGUCGACUAACGCACCAAUCACGAAUGUUGUCAAGCCACUGGAACCACGUCUUCUCGUGCUCGGCAGGAAUAAUUUUGAGUUCCCCGUUUCGAACAGCAUCAGUUGACCUCUUUGCCAUAUCGUCGCAAUUGACAUACCAUUGUGGAGUAAUCAUUGGCUCCAAAAUAUCUCCCGAACGAGAGCAAAGACCCAAUCUCAUCUUGUUGGGUUCUUUUCCCUUCAAAAGACCCUGGAAGUUUGAAAGAAAGGUUUGAUAAGGAC